GGUAUUUAAUUUGCGUUAUUUUAGUACCGCGUGUGUUCCCUUGGACAACCUGCUGUUACAUGACAUCCGUAGUUCACAGCAGACAGCCGUACUGGCCGACGACAGCGACACAGAUACAUGGUCAACAGCUGAACCCCACAAUCAUCCACCCUGUGGCUGCAAUUGCAUCUCUGUGCAUGUGGCGGGAGGAAACCUUCGAAUCACCCCCCACAGCAGGAGCCUACUUGGUCCCAGCUAGCACAAGAUACAAACAUCGAAAACUGGCUCCCAUUAGGAAUCAGUGUAGUCUCUAAAAAAAAUUUCUAUGCUGUGAAACCUUAAUGCUGUGAUAAAAAAUUUCUGCUUAAACCCAAUUUAAAUUUCACAGGCAAAUACCACUAAGUUAAAGGGAAUUGAUUAUUUUUUCCGACACACGCAAGAUUUGAAUUUACCGGAAGUUUUAAGAAGAUAAAAUGGCUCUCAACGUGAACAGGAAUGUCCAGGACGCCUUCUACAGGUAUAAGAUGCCUAGGAUCCAGGCUAAGGUUGAGGGUAAGGGGAACGGUAUCAAGACUGUGCUGGUCAACAUGGUUGAUGUUGCACGUGCGCUGGCUCGUCCUCCGACCUACGUCACCAAGUACUUUGGUUGUGAGCUGGGAGCUCAGACCCAAUCUGAUGUGAAGAACGAGAGGUAUAUCGUGAAUGGGUGCCAUGAGGCCGGAAAGCUGCAGGAUAUGCUGGAUGGUUUCAUCAAUAAGUUUGUUCUGUGUGAACAAUGCGAAAACCCCGAAACUGUAAUUAAGGUAAAGAAGAAUCUGAUUGGAGCCUCCUGUAAGGCCUGUGGUCACAUCUUCACGAUGGAUAAUCUGCACAAGGUUGCGACGUUUAUCAUCAAGAAUCCACCGGAGAAGGAGAUAGAAGCACAAGGGGAGUCUGUUACUAAGAAAAAGGACCGGAAGGACAAGAAGAAGGAUGGGUCGGAUGAAGAUCAGAAUAACGGGGACGAUGACUGGGGCCAGGAUGAGGAUGAGGUUGACUGGGGAGAGGAUACUAGUGAGGAUGCUGUCAGGCGCAGGAUGGAGGCUCUAUCUGGAGGUCUGGGAGGCUUGGUUAUAGAUAAUGACCUUGAAAAACCUGAGGGAGAUAGAAUCAACAUCUUUCAUCAGUUCGUGAAACAGAAGAUCCAGGCGGGAGCACUGUCAGCCGCUGUACAGAAAGAGAUCCUUACAGAGGCUGAAAGGUUGGAGGUGAAGAAUAAGGCUCCAAUUGUACUGUGUGAACUCCUCUUUGACGAGAAAAUGAUGAAGGAGAAGCAGAUAACCAAGCAUAAGAACCUGUUCCUCAGGUUCACCCAUGAAAACCAGAAAGCUCAGAAGUAUCUUCUCGGAGGUAUUGAGAAGACUAUAGAGACUAAGGAAGCAGCACUCCUUGUCAGGGUUCCGCAUAUUUUAAAGGAGCUCUUCGAUGAGGAUAUUUUGGAGGAGGAGGUUAUUCUGGAGUGGGCCAAGAAGGUCUCUAAGAAGUAUGUGAGUAAGGAAAUGGCGGCUAAGAUUCAUGAGAAAGCUUCUCCUUUCAUCACCUGGCUGAAGGAGGCUGACGAGGAGAGUGAGGAUAGUUCGGAGGAUGAUAUUGAUCUAGAGUUUGAUGAGAGAGCUAAAAUAUCUAAGCUCAAGGAGACCAGCGCUGAGCCUGAGAAGAAAGAUCUCGAUGCGUCGACUACAAAUGGAAAAGACGAAGAUGACGAUGAGAAUGAUAUUGAUAUUGAUGAUAUAUAACCUGACCAACCUAAACAAUCCCACAGCUACAGUGUGCACAGACCUGCUAUAAUUUCAAAUCCUAAAAGUUGAAAUAUUUAUAGUUGAACCCUCUACGGUAAAAAAUUUAUUUUGAUUCUGCUUAAUCGGAAUUGAUUAUAAACCAGGCUGAGCACUACUGUUCUGUGUUACAAAAUCUACCAAGUGCCCUCACUAAGGACUUCAUAAAACGCGCGUGCAAAAAUAGACUGCAUGUGUAGUGUGUACUCAAGAGUGUAUAAGAUUACACUUAACCUGUGAACUGUGGACACUACUCAAUAUCUAUGUGAACCCUAGCUGUUGUAUCUGCUUUAUCAUUCUUCUGUGUACACUGUACAUUGUACAUCUGUCAACUUUACAGAAUUAUAUUUGUUUCCUUGUAAAACAAUCUUAAAACUAAAAUUGUUAACCAAGUUUCGACUAAAUCUAAAAUAAGGAACAAGGUCGCCAUCUUGGAAUUAUUCUAGUAUUCUUGAAACUGGUUAUAUUGCGUUUUACGUCCCCUCAACCCUAGCGAGCUUAAGCUUAACUGUUUAUAGCCCGAGUUGAACCCAUUAUUUAUGAUGUUGUGUGCUGGGCCGAGGGUUUAUUUAAUGUUAGCUUUCAGUGUUGAUCGUUGUAUUAUCAUUAACUAUCUAUAUAUUUCCUUUUAUGUAGUUACAUAAUUUAGACAAAACUUCAAAUGUUCGGUGUUGGAUUAAAUUAAAAAUUUUAGUUUUCACAUAGUUGGGUUUUAGCACUAAUUCACGUAGGCUUCUUUUGUCGCAUUUUUUGGUCGUUUAAAAAUUAAUUUGUAUUCCUGGACCCUGGUUCUCUCAUCAAAACAUUUACCAUUUGCAAUUUAUUCGCACAAAUAUUAUUUUAUACAAAUAUCAACUCAAUCGUAAUCUAUCUGAGAAACCAUUUUCCGAACUAGUAUUAGAUCAAAAUCAGGGUCAGUUCAAUCCUCAGAUAUAUAUUUGAUUCUUACCUGUCUUUGAUUAUUUUUAGAUUAUGUAUCUAAUCAUAAGUGUGGUUCUAGUUUACAUCCAGGUAUAUUUGUCGCCGAUUUUCUUCAUUCAUUUAAUAACUGCCUCAAAUAUCCGCCUGGACGUGCUUAUUGUAAUCCCUUCAACAUUCAACCCGUGUUUAAUAUUUGUGGUUUAAGUAAUAAAUAUAUUUGUAGUGUUCA